CAAAACUUUCACAUGGAACUAAUGCUGAUUUUCUCUCCCUUUCAACACCGUCACCACUACUACUAGGCCAGACCACACAUACUUUUACAUUAACCUUAAAUUCUUUUGCCAAUUUGAUUGUAGCGCGAGCUAGCUCAUAGGACUCUUGUAAGGGAAGAUAUUAUAAGUAGAAACUCCACUUUGUCGAUCGACAUAAGAUCCAGUGUAGAGACAAUAACCUCUCUUGUGGAAUCUGACAGAAUUUUCACAUACAUAUGAAGCAGGUUUGAAGCUGGUUCAGCGCAAGGAACAUAGUCACCAGCUCCAGGCUCGUUAUCAGGAACAAUGGCUCCCUCUUGAGUAUGACCCCCAUUCUCUCUUUUCGAGCAACGAUUGUCACGCGCGCUUUAUGUCCCCGUGUACCGCGCCGCAGGGAAUUCCACCACUAUAUUCGUUUUUUCCUUUUCUUCAAUCAAACGAUCGAUCGCAACUGAGAGACCUUCACCAACCGGUGGAUUGAAUUCCUCCGCUCCGCUCCGAUCAGAUCCGAUGUCGCUGCUAAACCAACUCUUCAACCGUGGAGUCUUUGGCGCCAAAUGCAAAACAUCCUUAAACUUGGCGAUAGCAAGGAUGAAAUUACUACAAAACAAGAGAGACAUGCAUCUCAAAAACAUGAAGAAAGAGAUUGCUCAGUUCUUACAAGCUGGACAAGAACCAAUCGCUCGAAUCAGGGUGGAGCAUGUGAUCAGAGAAAUGAAUCUAUGGGCAGCUUAUGAGAUAAUAGAGCUCUUCUGCGAGUUUAUACUCGCUCGUGUUCCGAUUCUCGAAACUCAAAAGGAAUGUCCGAGAGAGUUGAGAGAAGCUAUUGCUAGCAUUAUUUUCGCUGCUCCUAGGUGUUCAGAAGUGCCUGAUCUUCUCCAGCUUAAGAAUCUUUUUGGUACUAAAUAUGGGAAAGAGUUUGUCAUGGUUUCUUCUGAGCUCCGUCCUGAUUCUGGUGUCAAUCGUACAAUUAUUGAAAAGCUUUCUCCUGCAAGUCCGUCCGGAGAGGUAAGGCUCAAGGUUUUGAAGGAUAUUGCUAAGGAGUAUAGUUUGAAUUGGGAUUCCUCUGCCACGGAAGCAGAGUUCAUGAAGAGCCAUGAAGACUUACUGGGUGGAGCUAAGCAGAUACAUCGUCAAGAUGGUGUCUCUGAGUCUAGACCGUCCCAGCAGGGCCACACUCAGUCUUCGGUUACUAGGGAAGCUGAGUUUCUGCCUGCAGAGGCCACAGAGAGACUCCAGAGGCUUCAAGCUCAAAACCCAGUGAGCAAAAACAUGUCAUCAUCACCUAAGCUGCAUGUAGCUUCUCAACCGCCUCCUGAUACAAGGCGGGAUCAAGGUGAUGUAAUGGAGAGAGCUCGGGCUGCUAUAGCUAGCGCUGAUCGUGCAACAGCAGCAGCACGAGCUGCAGCGCAACUAGUGAAUGUCACUUAUGGGGCUGCACCUGUUGUAGCAACAGAAGGGAAGCCUUCAAACUUAAUGUAAUUGCCACGUCAUCAUUUGUGAAGGAUGUAUAACCAAUGUUUCUUUAGGUUUGGAAAUGAGUAUAUGCUAAAGAGUAACGAUGAGAUUAUCCCCUAUGAGUUGUGACUUGUGAAAUGAUUUGAAAAGUAACUGAGUUAAAUCAAGAAAAUGGUUACCU